GUUGUCUUAAAAUAAAAUAAAAUAAAAGAAGAAAGGAAGACUAGAGAAAGUAAAGCAAGAGAGUCAAAUCUUGGGUGUGCCGAGGAGGCGGAAUAGGAAGCGUCGCGGCCACAAAGUACGCUACAUCUGUCUCAUAGGAAACAGAUCUCUCAUAGAUUCUUCUCUUCCUUCAUCUCCAUUAAUUGCUGUUCCGUUGUUUGAAGAAAAAAUGGGAGCGGAGAGCGCUUCUUCUAGCUUACAGUAUGAGGAAGACGAUAACAGCAGCAAAAACAACAGCAGUUUUGUGGUUUUGAAUGUGUACGAUCUCACACCUAUGAAUAAUUAUAUCUAUUGGUUUGGAUUGGGGAUCUUUCACUCUGGGAUUGAAGUAUAUGGUAAGGAGUAUGGAUUUGGGGCCCAUGACUUCUCAGCUAGCGGUGUAUUUGAAGCGGAGCCAAAGACUUGCCCUGGAUUCAUAUACAGAUGUUCCAUCAUUUUGGGUCAAAUACAUAUUAGCCCUUCGGAGUUCCGGACAUUUAUUGAAAGCAUGGCUUCAGAGUAUCACGGCGAUACCUAUCACCUUAUAUCUAAGAACUGCAACCAUUUUACGAAUGAUGUCUCAUAUAGAUUGAUUGGAAAACAGACCCCGGGUUGGGUGAACCGCCUUGCUAAGCUAGGUGCUUUGUGCAGUUGUCUACUUCCUGAAUGUCUUCAAGUAACAACUGUUAAGCAAAUACCUGAAGACCACGAAUGCUCGGAAGAUGAACUUGCGGACUCUCUCUCAACUGCCACACCCUACAGAUCACAAGAAACAGAUGAUGAGCAAGAAAAACACCUCCUGUCAUCAUCUGGUGCCGAGGACGUCACUUUCAUUAAAGAGUCCCAUGUAAAGUGAAUGUGAUUGAUGUGUUUAAGGUGAGAAACUCCUUGAAAAAUUGCAGGCUGUCUUUUAUUGAAUAUUUGUCCAUUUGAUUUGCAGUGAUUCUCUUUUUCGAAAAAAUUCCCAUUCUUUCACGGCUUUCUGUUAUGUAUUUGGUUCAUUCAUUGUAUUUGUAACUGAAGAAUCUAAAUUAUACCUAGUGCUGGCUUUUCAAUGUAAAAUUGUAAAUGACAUCUUUGUAAGUUGUCGGUUAAAUUUGUUUAGUUAUGAGACAUUCUUAGUA